AGCCGAGAUAUAAAUAGUUACUUUUUUAAAAAAAUAAUACUUGUUUUUCUUAUUUUAUAAUAAGAAGAUCUGAAUCCGUAAGAAGUUAGAAAUUAGAAGGCCCAAACCCCAAAUACAUAAUCAAAAUUUGGUAAUUGAUUUCCUUCUAGUUUUCCCUUUUACCCUUCGGUGCUCUCUGUUGUCGAGAACUCGCUCAUCUUCUUCCUCCUUCUGGAUUUUCCUUCGACCAUUCUAGGGUUUCGUUUCCUCACCAACGCCAACGGUUUCUCAUCUCUCCACGAUUCUGGCGUCUCAGCUUGAAAUUUAGUUUUCUGGAAUGUCUAUGAGUGAGCGCAAGACUAUUGACCUAGAACAAGGAUGGGACUUUAUGCAGAAGGGAAUUAUGAAGCUGAAGAACAUUCUAGAAGGACUGCCUGAGCCUCAGUUCAGUUCUGAGGACUAUAUGAUGCUAUACACGACCAUAUACAAUAUGUGCACUCAAAAGCCUCCUCAUGACUAUUCCCAACAACUGUACGACAAGUACAGGGAAUCAUUUGAAGAGUACAUCGUAUCAACAGUGUUACCUUCUUUGAGAGAGAAGCAUGAUGAAUUUAUGCUAAGAGAGCUUGUGAAAAGGUGGGCAAACCAUAAAAUUAUGGUUAGGUGGCUUUCUCGUUUCUUUCACUAUUUGGACCGUUACUUUAUUGCUCGGAGAUCUCUUCCACCACUAAAUGAAGUUGGGCUGACUUGCUUCCGUGAUUUGGUUUACAAGGAACUAAACGGGAAAGUCAGAGAUGCAGUAAUUUCUCUUAUUGAUCAAGAGCGUGAAGGAGAGCAGAUUGACCGAGCUCUAUUGAAGAAUGUAUUAGAUAUAUUUGUUGAAAUUGGAAUGGGGCAAAUGGACCACUAUGAGAAUGAUUUUGAGGCUGCCAUGCUCAAAGACACUUCUGCUUAUUAUUCUCGAAAGGCUUCAAACUGGAUCCUAGAAGAUUCUUGUCCUGAUUAUAUGCUCAAGGCUGAGGAAUGCUUAAAACGGGAGAAAGAUAGAGUUGCCCAUUACUUGCACUCUAGUAGUGAACCAAAGUUAUUAGAGAAAGUUCAACAUGAACUGUUAUCUGUAUAUGCAAAUCAACUCCUUGAAAAAGAGCAUUCUGGAUGUCAUGCAUUACUUAGAGACGACAAGGUUGAAGACUUGUCGAGGAUGUUCAGGCUCUUUUCUAAAAUACCCCGAGGCUUAGAUCCUGUUUCCAGUAUAUUUAAGCAGCAUGUCACUGCUGAAGGUAUGGCCUUGGUGAAGUUGGCUGAAGAUGCAGCUAGUAACAGAAAGGCAGAGAAAAAGGAUAUAGUUGGUGUACAGGAGCAGGUUUUUGUUCGGAAGGUGAUUGAACUUCAUGACAAGUACCUGGCAUACGUAAAUGAUUGUUUCCAAAAUCACACUCUUUUCCACAAGGCUCUUAAGGAGGCUUUUGAAAUCUUUUGCAACAAGGGUGUUGCUGGAAGCUCAAGUGCUGAACUGCUUGCCACUUUUUGUGAUAAUAUUCUUAAGAAAGGGGGAAGUGAAAAAUUGAGUGACGAAGCAAUUGAAGAAACUCUAGAGAAGGUUGUCAAAUUGCUCGCCUAUAUUAGUGACAAGGAUUUGUUUGCUGAAUUUUACAGGAAAAAACUUGCUCGGAGGCUUCUUUUUGACAAGAGUGCCAAUGAUGACCAUGAGAGAAGUAUUUUGACAAAACUGAAGCAACAAUGUGGUGGUCAAUUUACCUCAAAGAUGGAAGGAAUGGUUACAGAUUUGACACUGGCAAAGGAGAACCAAACAAGCUUUGAGGAGUAUUUAAGCAAUAAUCCUAAUGCAGACCCUGGAAUAGAUUUGACAGUUACAGUUCUGACAACUGGCUUCUGGCCUAGUUACAAAUCUUUUGACCUCAAUCUUCCAGCAGAAAUGGUUAGAUGUGUUGAAGUUUUCAAGGAAUUUUAUCAAACAAAAACUAAGCACAGAAAACUUACUUGGAUUUAUUCCUUGGGUACCUGCAACAUAAGUGGGAAAUUCGAACCAAAAACUGUGGAGCUGAUUGUAACAACUUAUCAGGCUUCGGCAUUGCUUCUUUUUAAUUCAUCAGAUAGACUGAGUUAUUCAGAGAUAAUGACUCAGUUAAACUUAUCUGAUGAUGAUGUUAUUAGACUGCUCCAUUCGUUGUCCUGUGCCAAGUACAAGAUUCUUAACAAGGAACCAAGCACGAAAACAGUAUCUUCUACUGAUUAUUUUGAAUUUAAUUCAAAAUUUACGGACAAAAUGAGGAGGAUCAAGAUUCCUCUUCCUCCUGUGGAUGAGAAGAAAAAAGUAAUUGAGGAUGUUGACAAGGACAGAAGAUAUGCUAUUGAUGCCUCAAUUGUGCGUAUUAUGAAGAGUCGGAAAGUUUUAAAUUACCAACAGUUAGUUAUGGAGUGUGUUGAGCAGUUAGGUCGCAUGUUUAAGCCUGAUGUUAAGGCAAUUAAGAAGCGGAUUGAAGAUUUGAUCUCUCGAGACUACCUGGAAAGAGACAAAGAUAAUGCAAAUUUAUUCAGGUACUUGGCGUGAUUUGGUCUAGACGAUUUUGCAAAUGAAGUGGUUCUGCAGUUGCUACAAAUAGCAAAACAAGAGGAUCAUAUUUGAACACGCAAAAUAUCAGUCCCUCCAUAAUUUCCUUGGAAGGAGGAGCUGCGAGUGCUUGUACAUUUUGCCUCCAUAUCCAGGUAUGGGUUACUACUGUAGAUGUGUGCUCAUGUUGGAGAAGUUGUAAUCAAUUCCAUAAGUAGGUCCAGCUCAUUGGUACCUUCACUUCUUUUCUCUGUUUCGAUUGCCGCGGUUCCAUAUGAUGACUGAGUUGAUGCCUGUCUGUUAAUUAUUUCUCCCACCCACAUAAAGGAAAAUAGGAAUCGUGUAACUCUAGUUUCAGUGAAAUUGUAGUUUGAUUGUCAUCUUCGAAACCAUCAAGUGAAUGAGUAUCUCAAGGAUUUCAAGAUUCUCGCUCGUCGUGGUUGUCGCCUUUUAUUAUAUAUAUUCUUCCGGUGAAUGCUUGAUAUUAUGGUGCUUAGGGAAUGGAUCUCUGCUUUCACAUCUUCGGAUAUUUGGAUGUCUUGUACUAAGACAUGACUCCAUGAGAUUAUCCUCUUAAGCAUUUUCUUUAAUGUGCAUCCCUCAUAAUUAUAAAUAUUGCUCCCCGUCUGUUGUGUGCCAAUGGGAAGUUAUUUUGGGUGAAAAUUGGAAAGGCUUUGAAUUUCUGUGUGGAGCGAUUGUUUUACAUUUGUGCAAGUUGAAAUUACUUUAAACCAAUAAUUUUUUAUUAAAUAGUUCUAU